AUGAGUGUAUUCCCAAAAGAAACCAUCAAGAAUGUUGGAGAGUCAUUAGGCAUCACCAAUCUCAAAGACGAAGUAGCUACAGCAUUGGCACAGGACGUCGAGUACAGAGUUCAUGAGCUUAUCCAGGAAGCAUCCAAAUUCAUGCGACACUCAAAAAGAACCAAGCUAUCCGUCGACGACAUCAAUGCAGCACUUCGCGUAAAGAAUGUGGAGCCUCUGUACGGCUAUACAUGUGGAGAAGCACCCAAGUUCAAAAAGACCACUGUCAACGCCAACGAUAUCUACUUUGACGACGAUGAAGAAGUUGAUUUCGAUUCCGUAUUGAACAAACCUUUGCCCAAAAUCCCCUUGGAUGUGACAUUUACAGCACACUGGCUUGCCAUUGAAGGUGUUCAGCCUGCUAUUCCACAAAACCCUACACCCAGUGAUGCCAAAGCCGAAUUGCUAUCAAAGCGUGCCAAAAGCCAUGCUUCUUCCAACGGCAUUACCACAGAUCAAGUCAAUGUGAAACCAUUGGUCAAGCAUGUGCUCUCCAAGGAACUGCAAAUGUACUUUGAAAGAAUCACAGAAGCUGUGUUGAGCGAGGACGAGCGACUCCAAUCACAAGCGUUCGAGAGUUUACGAUCAGAUCCUGGGUUGCAUCAACUGCUGCCCUACUUUGUUCAGCAUAUUCACAAAAAAGUAACACAGAAUCACAAGAAUUUGGAUGUGCUGGAAGCCAUGCUGUCCAUGGCCUAUUCGUUACUCAACAACAAGCAUUUAUUUGUGGAGCCCUACCUCCAUCAAUUAGUGCCGCCUAUUCUCUCCUGUCUGGUAGGUCGAACCAUUUGCGAAAACCCACAGACACAAGAUCACUGGUCUACUCGUCAACGGGCAGCCACUAUGAUCGCUACCAUCUGCCAUCAAUACGGUAAAGCCUAUCAUACAUUACAACCUCGUAUUACCAAGACACUGUUGCGUGCCUUUUUGGAUCCUGCCAGACCACUCACAACACAAUAUGGCUCCAUUAUCGGAUUAGAUAAGAUCGGUACAGAGGUUACUCGUGUGUUGGUUGUACCCAAUAUCAAGUUUUAUACAGAGAAUUGUCUUGAGCUUGGCCUCAAUAGCACCAACUCUAUGCGAGUGCAGGAAGCCAUGAAAUGUAAAGAAGCUCUCGUGACUGUGUUGGAUCAUAUCGCUGAACACGAUGAUUUGGCGUUAAAGAAACAAAAGUCAGAGCACGAUAUGGAGGAGGAUGACCCAGCGCCUUCAGAGGAAGAAAAGAGUCAAUUGAUCGAAUUUGUUGGACAAGUGAUUGGACAAGCCUAUCUGGAAAAGGAGCAUAGAAGAUCGAGGGUCAAGAGCUUGAUUGAGUUGGCUGCCUAA